CCUCUGGCCUCUGCAUUUUUCUGCACUAUCACACAGUCAUUCAUUUCGUCUCCAUUGGACUCUCACGCUGCUUUCCUCCCGUGGCAGUGGCAGUUUGUACCAUGUUUGCGUGCAGAGCAUCCUGGCAGAGGUGUGGUGGAUCUCUGGCACGACUGUCCAUCAACCGUGCUCACCUCUACAGAGAUGUCGUUCCACGGAGGCUCAUGUCUUCAGUUCCUGGUGGCUCAGGUGAUAAUAUCCUGUACGCCAUCCUCUGUGGUGGAGCCUUCGCCGGUUCCUUGACAUAUGUUUACAAAACAGUUGUAACGGACAAAGAACGCUUUGCUGAUCGUAUUUCUGAAAUUAGUGCUCGUCCCAAGUCUGAAUGGACACCCAAACCAUGGCCGCCCAAGAGUGGGGAGGAUGGUGAUGAAGAAGCCGGUGCAGAGGAAGGAGAGGUGGCAGAAAGCGUAGAGAGCGCAGCCGAGGAGGAUGUAGCUGCUGAAGCACCUGAGGUCUUGCUGGAAACAGCCAAGGCCACUGGAGAGGAGACGGGAACCCUAGAGACCGUUGUGGAGGAGGUUGCCGAGAUGGUCGCAGAGACUGCAGAAGUGGUUGCUGAGGUGGCCGGGGUUGUUGCCGAGACGGCAGAGGAGGUGGCAGCGGUGGCAGAGGAAGUGCAGAAGGUUGCAGAGGAAGUAGAGGCAGCAGCUGAGGCUGUUGUUACUCCGGUCGUCCAAGGUGAAGAGACGGUGUCAGAGAGCAACGUGGCCCCGUCAGAGUCGCCCAGCCCAGUAGAUGCAGAAACAGAGCUGGCUGCUGCUUCUGUGGUCGAUGCUCUUCCUGUGGUGUCUCUGGCUGUGGAAGACGUACCAGUUGAAGCUGUACCAGAGCAGCCCACGGAGGUGGCUUCAACAGAUAAAGUGGAAAGUGAACCAAUAAUAGAGCUGACACCCAUUGCUCCAGUGACAGAAGAAGCACCAGUUUCACCAGUUGUUGAGGAUCCACCUGUGACUGUAGUGGUAGAAGAGGCUCCAGUAGCAGAGGAGACGCCAGUUGAUUCACCAGUAGCAGAGGUAUUUGUUGCUGCAGUGGCCGAAGAAACACCAGUUUCCCCAGUUGUAGAGGAGCCAACUGUUACUCUAGUGGUAGAAGAGGCUCCAGUAGCAGAGGAGACGCCAGUUGAUUCACCAGUAGUAGACGUGUCUGUUGCUCCAGUGACAGAAGAAGCACCAGUUUCCCCAGUUGUUGAGGUUCCAACUGUUACUGUAGUGGUAGAAGAGGCUCCAGGAGCAGAGGAGACACCAGUUGAUUCACCAGUAGCAGAAGUAUUUGUUGCUGCUGUGGCCGAAGAAGCACCAGUUUCCCCAGUUGUUGAGGAGCCAACUGUUACUCUAGUGGUAGAAGAGGCUCCAGUAGCAGAGGAGACACCAGUUGAUUCACCAGUAUCCUCAGAAAAAGCAUCUGAUGUCCCUGUGACAGAAGAGGCCCCGGUAGUUGAAUUGGUACAAGAGAUGCAUGUAGCACCUGUUCCAGAAGAGGUGCCAGUUUUCUUGGUAACUGGAGAACCUGAGGAAACACCUGCAGCCACAGUAGCAGAUGAGGGUGCUCCAGUAGUCGUCCUAGAAGCACAAGAAGGUGAGGAAGUGAAGGCAGCAGCUUGUUCAGAGGUGAUUGCAGAAAGACAUGUUGUUGAGGAAGAAGCAGCAAGUCCGGUUGUGGAUGUUACAGAAAAAAUGGCUGAACCAGAUGUUGUGAGCACAGUGGUGGCAGAAGAGGUUUCUCCAGCUGAAACAUCGAGUGCACCUGAAGCUUUGGAAGACCCCAAACGAGAAUUCAUUGUGGUUGUCUUGGAGGGAGGUCCCAAAACAGAAAAGAAGCCAAUGGUGCUUGGUGUGUCCCCCAUGACUGGCAGAAUUAUCCCACCCCCUGAUGAUGGUGAAGAGCCAUCGGGUCAGGUAACAGGGCAAGCGCCAUUUGCUUAAAGUGCAGAUGUAUUAGCAGCAACUAAAAAAGUUUAUUAGUGUCAGAUGUCCUGGGAUAGUAAACCAAUUCCCUGAUAAAGAAUUAGUGAUGUGCCUUCCCUAUUGCCUGCGUCCACAUUGAGCCCACCAACAAUCUGACCCUCUGGAUUUCAAUAAUCCUAACACCGGAUACAGAAUGCUGAUCCUUCCCACUCUGCUCUAAGUACACCUCUCUUUCCACGGAAGCGUGGUUACUUGGUUACAUGUGAACAUUCACUCCUCUCUGAUAUGAGAGAUACAGGUUUCUUGACAAUUAUAAUAUGCAUGAAAUGCUGUGACCAAUCUUUUUAGGCUUUAUAAAUGGAUUUAUAGUCUUUAAGUCAACUGCACAUUGAAGCAUAGCCUACUAUAGUUAAUCCUACCUCAAACCUCACAUUAGUAGGAAUUGCAGUGUCAAUAGUUACUGUACCAGCAAUGAUACAAAUUUGCCACAAACACUGCCAUACCUGCAUGCUGGCCACCAGUUUUCUGGUUAAACUUCAGGUUGUCCUCCUAUCUAUGCUAUUUUUACAUUUCCAAUAUUUAUGAACUUACACUAAAUUUGAUUUGUACCCUUCUACCUCAGCUUAAAAUGACAGUGUUAUUUUUACACAUUAACAGUAACCAUGCAGUAUUGGUAACCGGCUUGCAUUUAAAAUGUGAUAUGACUAGGUCCAAAAACAACUGACAAACGAAUUUUAUUUAUCAAAAUAAUCAAUAAAAUAUUAUGCCAUGCCAAGUCAGAAUUUCAUAAUUAAUUUCUAAAGGCCAAAAGGCUAAAUACACUGCUGCAUCCUUUCUUUGUUUUCCUCAUCUCUCUUAGUUUGUUGUAUUGAUCCAUGAGUCAGUUAGUCAUCAUCAUCAUCAUCAUCAUCAUCAAACCAAUGAUUAUAAAACAUGUUGCUUAACAAGUGCAUAAAGUACUUUCCUUGUGUCAAAGGCAAUGUCUCCAAACCUGUUAUGCAAAAGUUACGAUUUCUACGAUACCUUCAGCAUCAUAUUUGAUUCUUAUUUGAUUUUAUUAUAUGCUAUUCUCCUCUCAUUCAAACUUUAGACUGAUAUUAGACAUACUAAAUUGAUUCACAAGGGAAAUUAAGAUCAGAUAAAUACUCAGAAAGAUACUUAACAAUUGACCUAACAGUUUUGUCUUUUAUUUCUUUAGACUUUUGAAAAGGGACCUUGAGUAUUAUGAGUAUUACAACUUAAUAAUGUGAAUGCGAGGGAAUAAUGUGAAGUAUGUUUCCGUAUCAAAACGGGUUUGUUCACAGUUUCUUUUGUCUGUUUUAAUUGUUAGGGAUGUAAUAUUCUUGUGCCGUUUUGAAGUUUCACUUUCACUGUAGGCCCUGAACUGGCGUUUUUAAACUGUGAAUGUACUGUACAUCAAAGAAAAUAAAGAGUUUAAACACA